AUGGCUGAAAAUACGCGGAAGGUGGCGAGUCACAAGCGCAUUAUUCUUUGCGCGGACGGGACCUGGCAAGCAUCUGAUAUUGGCAGCAAGUCUCUCCCUUCAAACGUUGCGAAACUCGCUCGUGCAAUCUCGAAUAAUGGGCUUGACGACCAAGGCAACCUUGUCAAGCAAAUUGUAUCUUACCACUCCGGCCUUGGGAGCGGAGAUCUCCCCUUUCAAAAGCUUCUUUACGGGACUUUCGGCUGGGGGCUGGACGUCGACGUAUGCCAAAUAUAUGAUUUCAUCUCCAACAACUACGAGGCUGGAGACGAACUAUUCUUCUUUGGCUGGUCACGCGGCGCCUUCACUGUGCGCUCUGUUGCCGCUCUGGUCUGCGAAAUUGGCGUCCUCUCGGCAGUGAAUAUGUCUCGUUUUGCGGAAAUGUGGGAAGCGUACCGUGCCAACACCGGCGGCCAACCGUUUAGAGAGUCGAAGUGGUAUCUGGAGAACAAGGAUGAGCUGGCCCUGACCAAUGUUAAGGUCAAGGUAGUAGGUGUAUGGGAUACUGUUGGAGCUCUGGGAAUCCCAGAAUGGCCCGUUGUGAAAUGGGCCAGAAAGAUUGGUCUACGGAUCAACUCACAAUAUGCGUUUCAUGAUACUAAGUUAUCGACAAAUGUCGAAUAUGCAUUCCAGGCUCUUGCCCUUGACGAACGACGAUUAACCUUCCCGCCGACUCUCUGGCAUAGGACCAAUGAUGGGCCCAUCAAAGACCUACAGCAGUGUUGGUUUCCUGGAAUUCAUGGGGACGUCGCCGGUAUGGAAACCGGGUCGCCUGCUUCUGCCGGCGCCGAAAUGGGCUAUAAUUCUUUUGCAUGGAUGGUGGAUAAUCUAGCAGGCAUGCUCACGUUCGAAGACGACAGUAUAAAUGUCAUCAUCGAGGACCACACCAACGCAAUGGGGAAGAUUGUAAUCCCUGAUGGCUGGGGUUGCGGGCCGAUUGCUAGCAACUUCUCAGGCUUACAAGGCGGUCUUUGGUGGCUUCUUGGGCGGCAGGUUCGGACGCCAGGAUCCUACCCAAAGGACCCGGGCGACCAGACGAAUGGGGAAACAAACGAAUACUUCCAUCCUACCGUUCGAAUCCGCCGGCAAAAAUUGGAAUAUUACCCAGCGGCAUUGAAGAAAUACGCCGCGCAGAGGCGUGAGUUUGGAGAUGGAUGGGAGUGGGUCAAGAAGGGGUUGGAGCCUGUGCCCGAAUACGUGAUGCGGCCAGGCAAAGAGAUAAGUCUCGCUUAUGAAGAGGGAGGGGUGGUGAACUAUCGAGUCGGGGAGAGUUUGGCGAGGCUUCUAUGCCCAAAGAGCAUCCUAUCGGAGUUGGAUAGUGGUAAUAGGUCGUGA